UCUGUGUCGUCUGUGGUUUUGUUCAGUCCAUCGUUUAUCUUUUUUCUCAACUUCUGCUUGCAACCCCUCGGUUACGCUCGACUCUGUCCUACACAGCAGUGUUGAGAUACCCCUCUUACACAGUUAAGCACGCGCUCGGGAUGACUGCUACAACGAGCACUUCAGCCGGCCGGAAUCGUUUCGGAUGACCCCGAGCUCUCAGUUACAACACAGCCCAGCUUGCACAAUUUCGGGCGAGCCAGGUUCACUCACCCGCAUAUGGAGGCUAGCCUCCUGUUUCAAGGAAGCCUCGCGAGAGAUUUGUUCGAGGACGGGCUCCAUCCGAACCAUGGGUCCCCUUUUACUUCCCGUUUGCCAGCCCUUCGACGAGUUUGCAAGGGGGGUGAUGGGCAGCUAACUAGUUGCCCUUGUUCCGCGGGAGAGACACAUGGGGGCGGCCGACGAGAAGGUGAAACGCGGGGAGAGAGCUGGGGUGGUGGGGUGUCGACGCAGUAUGGCUGGGCCCAGCACCCGGUGGUUUCAAACCUCCUCUUGGGUUGUGCUCGACGGCUGGGCCUGGAACUGCAUGCGACACGCGGCCCCUCGCGGAAUCUGUGGCGAAGGGUUGUUCGAGAAGCUGGGCAGAGCUUAUGGUUCGUCGGCGGGCAGGAGUUGGAGGGGCAGCGACGGCGAGGGAGUUGUCCCGUGUCAUUGGACCGCGGGCAGAUCGUUGCACUACCGAAGUCGGGGCUGAGGGGUGGGCGCAGCUGCAUGAGGUCUGAGUGAGUGUUGCAUUCCGUACUUAGGAGUGAGUAUAGAAUACGCUUGAGUGUCGCAGUUGCAAAAGCAAAGACGGGCGAACAAUCUGCUGCCAGAUAAACGCGACUACGGAAUACAUGCCUACACUUCACUACUACCUAGUGGAUGCUGAUCGAAG